AUGGAUAAACAAACUAGUUAUGUAAACCUCAGCUUUAGUCAAUCUCAGACUACAGUGGACCUUGAAUCACCCGAACCUUAUUGGUUCGGUACCCAAGGUCCUGAUGAGUCAGUUCUCGAGUCUCCUCUCAACUCUGCUUUCGGCACUAGUGCCAAGGAGAGGAGGAAAUGGUCCCCGAGGGAGGACAAAAUCCUUAUUGGUGCUUGGCUUAACACCAGUAAGGAUGCGGUGGUGAGCAAUGACCAGAAAGCUGGUCGCUUCUGGAAGAGGAUUGUCGACUACUACAACAACUGCCCGCAACUGGUGGGAGCAACACCUAGAGAGCUGAAUCAGUGCAAGCAGAGGUGGGCUAGGAUUAACGAGCAAGUCAGCAAGUUCGUUGGAUCAUAUGACGCGGCUCUGUGGGAGCAGAGAAGUGGUCAAAAUGAUGAUGACGUGACGAAAGCUGCUCUAGAGUACUUCUUCAAUCGUCACGGGACCAAGUUUGUCAUGGAACAUGCAUGGAGGGAGUUGAGGCAUGACCAGAAAUGGGCCUCCACCUAUGUGGGUAAGGACGGUGGGAAUGAAAAGCGGAAACAAGUUGAUAUAGAAGAAGAAGUGGGAGAACCAGAGGGUAGACCUAUGGGGAUCAAGGCUUCUAAAGCUGCUGCUAAGAAGAAGAAGAAUGGUAAAGAAGAGUCGUUGUCACAGAUUCAGGCCAUAAUGGAGAUGAAGUCAAAAGUGUCAAAGCAGAAGUUGCUUGAACGUCUACUUAGCAAAAAAGACCCACUCACUGAGAUGGAAACAUCUCUUAAGCUCAAACUCAGGUUCAGCAGUAGGGUCACGGGUGUUGCAAUGCACGGGUGAAGAUUGUCACGGGCUGUGAAGAACUCAAAGUCACGGGUGCUUCUGUUUUUCUAGCAUGUGAAGAUUGUCACGGGUGCUUAUGUUUCACGUUAAUGUAGUAUAAGUAGUAGUCAUUGUUGUUUAAACUAUGUAUCUCGUUCUCCUAUGCACUUUCAUCAUUCUAACUUUGAAAAUUAUUAUAUCCAUAAAACCGGACAUCUAGCCAAAGUUAAUUGAAUAUCAAAGUAUAUAUAAUCCAUUUAUCAGUGUCUGGCCAGAUAAUCAAAUGUUUAAUCGAUUCUAGCAAAUCGUAAGUUUUGUUUUAUCACCCCCAAACUAGGCCUGAGACUUUUAUCCGAGAUUCGGAUUCGAUCCGAGAUUCGAUCCAGAUCCGAUCCGAAAAUCCGGAUAUCCGG